AAAAAAAAAAAAAAAAAAGUUGGGGGUUCCCAGGGCCGAGGCGUGCCAGAUGCGUGUGUGUUUUCCCCCUCUCGCUCGCUCGCUCUGGCUGUCGGUCUCGCCCUACCUGUCCAAUUCCCCCCUACCCAAAACCGGGCCAACAUGACAAAUUCCCCAUGCCGCAGUACGCGCCGCGUUCGCUCGGGCAUCCCAGGAUGGCCGGGAUGGCCGGAUGGGGUGGUGGGCGAGGCACGAGCAUGCCCGGUUUGGCAGGCUAAGGUCGGUAGGCUAUAUGUAGUAAGGGAGCCCAAGCCAAGGCCCGCCCUGGUAGGCCCGGUCGGUGUCAGCACUGUAUUGUCAGGAUGCAUGUGUCAAGUCGGUAGCGUCAGUGUGUCGUAUGCAUGGCGGACGGUCUGAGUAAGGCAGAGACAGAGAGAGAGAGAGAGAAAGCCAUCUCGUGGCCUCCCCCCUAGCAGUAAAGCUUCUGGUUCCUGCAGCCGAUGUCGCGCGCGCGCCGAUGGAGCAGAGGGGGGGCGUGGACUAGAACGAGCGAGCGGGUCGCGCCGAGAGCAAGACGAGACGAAGCUAUCCCACGCCACACCCUCUUUUGGCUGUUCAUUUUCCUCCGCCUCACCUUCUCGCUUCGUCUUAUUAUGGCUUGUUAUCCUCCUCCUCCUCCUCUUCCUUGUCCUGCUUCUCCUCCUCCUCCUCCUCCCUCGCUCGCACACGGAGGCGGCCCUCGAAACCCUCCUGCGCGGCGGGGGUCGCCAAAGCGGCAAGAUCUCCAAGCGAGCACGAGCAGCAGCGCUCGGCGGUCGGUCGGUGGCUGCAAAGGGGAAAGGUCGGCGGCGCGAUGGGGAUUGGGUCUAUCUCAAACGCCAUGCCGCCCAUCCGUAUCGGUGAAAGGUCGAGGACCUUCUCGGCGGGGGGUCGCUUGUGGUAGGACGUGGCGAUGGGGCUUCCCAGGGCUAGUCAGAGAUUUGUUGUGGCGGAGGGGGUCCUAUCCCCCCUUCCCCUCCCCUCGCUCUCUCUCCCCGUCGCUUCUCGGGGAAGACGAAAGGCGGGAGGGAGGGAAUGCUCAUAUUUAUGUUUCGGAAAAAACGAGGGAGAGGGAGAGAGAGAAAUUGUGUAGGUGAGCGAGCGAGCGAGUUGAGAGGUUUUGAUGACGGUCUAUGUGGCGAGUGAGAGAAGGGGGGAAUAAUAAUAAUAAAAAUCCCUCCCCCUCUCUCCUCUCCCCUCUCCUCGAAGCCAACUAGAGACCAAGUUUCAUCAGUGACGACAUAAUGGUCCCAUAGAGAUGCGCCGGAGGUCGAAGCGUCGAAUGAUGGGAGCUGCGGCUUGGCGUUGAUUCGCUCCUAAACAGACACGACGGACCCGGCAAGGAGAUGCGAGGGCAGCGCCCGUCGCGAGAGGAUCGACAGAUGCUGAAACUGAAACAGAGAGACCUCCCGGUCCGGGGAGACGAGGAACGGGGAGGAGAGAAGCGAGAGACGUGCUACGUUUGUGCGUGCAAGCAGCGCUUUACUUCCUGGCUCGACUACGUCUACAAAAACAUGCGAUACAGCAGGCGAGGAAAGGGGGACGGAAGAGACCCCCUUCGCCUUAUGAAGGCGCUGCGAGUAUUACUCGCACUGAGGCAUUUUACGGUGUCGUUUCGGCACCGUCUCACGCUAAUUGGGGCGG